GGGUAGAGAUCUGUUGAUCACUUAUAUAAUUAUAAAUAAAUAUUUACAUAGUAUGAAAUAAAUAGAACAAAAGUAAGUUGGGAAGCCAGUUAGAACUCUUUUUAUAAAUAAACCAAGUGAAGACAAAGCAGAAAAAAAAAGAACAAUGGCGAUCAACGGAGGGGAGGCGAGACACCGGCAGCGGCAGCGGAGAUAUGAUGGUGAUAGUGCGUUAAUUCCUCGCCGAAGAAGAAUCCGACUCUUAACAAGCUCAAAAAAGCCGUCAUAGUUACCGCAUUAGGGGGUGUCGGCGGUAUAGUAGGAAUGGUUAUCAUGGCCCCACUGGCGAGGCGUUACCCUCGAGCCCUAGGAUCACUGAGUCGAACUCAGGUUUUGUUCAUCUUCAUAAAACCCUACAACCCCAUUUCCCGAAGUAAUGUGCUUUAUAAUCAAAGAGAAAUGGGUUUCGUGAAUCAGUUCGCUCGGGACUAUUCAACAUUUGCCGCUGCAGCAUGUGGAAUCGAUUCGAUAAUGAGAGUAACCAGAGGCAAAGAUGAUCUUACGAAUCACUUGGUCUCAGGAUCAGGUGCUGGGUUGGCAUACUCUUUUGUGAGCCAAGGCUUUAAAGUACGACCUGCACACGCACUCCUCACCGCUGCGGGCUCCGCUGUUGUUAUGUCAGGAACAGUGUAUAAGGGUUAUGAAAUAAUCAGAUCGCGCAAUGCCCAAGACUCCUUUUACACAGAGGCAAGAGCUAUGCUAUCGAAGUUAAGCCUUGAGGAUUACGAGAAGAAUUUCAAGAAGGGACAUCUCACCGAUUACACCUUACCAUUGCUCACUGACAGUGACCUAAAAGAAGUGACCAUUCCACCAGGGGCAAGGCUUUUGAUACUAGAUCAUAUCAAGAGGUACCAUAAGAUGGUAAACCGCAAGUGAGGAAAGCAGUAAACUGACCCAAAUAAUUAUAUAACUAGACGCGCGGGUAUGAAUUUUCUGUUUUUAAUUAUUUAUUUUAUUAAAUGAUGUAUUUGUAAUAUUCGUUCAUAUUAUAUUCAUUAAGUAAAUAUUUUUUUUUGCAUCU